CUUUAUCGCGCUUUCAUUGUGACGGAUGGUGUAGCUUAAUUUUUUUUCAGUAACAUAAUUGAAACCUCUUUCCGAGUUUUUCACUUUGUUUAUAAAAUUAAGUCAAGAAUAUUCAAAUUGAUCAGUGACUUCAAAUAGGACAUGAUGCUGCUGUGUGACAUACAAACCAACAUGACAGAUAUUAAUAAAGAGUUUGUGCUUCAACUUCGUGGAAUUAUAUCACAUCAGAUUGGAAAGCCAAUGACAAUGAAGGUGAAAACAGGAGUGCUGAUGUUCGUUGGUGACGGAGCGGCUUCCGUUCCGGGAAUAAAUCGUUCAGAUCCAAUUAUGUUGAUCCAGCUUCACGGAGCAUUCAUUGAUGAUGUUGAGAACAAACAAAUCUCCGGAAUCAUCUUCGAAUGUACGUCAAAGGAACUUGGCAUUCGGACAGAUAGGAUUGGUUUGGUGUUUCACUACCUACCUCCGACUCAUGUAGGCUUGUCCGGGGGUCAGUUGGUGCAAGACUUUCUGCCUGAAGCUAGACUGAAACAACUCAUUGUAUGGAGGUUGUGAACUAAUGAACAGUGUAAUGCUUGGACAGGAAGGGGGCGGACAAAGACUAUCCGAUACGGUCACAGCCACAGGAGUGAUUCGAAAAGAAAAUUCGCAGAUUGCUUCUUCUGUAAUAUAUUAAACCAUCCAUUCAGGUGUUACAGUGACUUACGUUCUGUGAUUGAGUUUUUUUUUUGGUUAAUUAAUUAACUUUUUUUAAUGUUGUGACAAAUUGUAUACCCAUCAUGCCUGUUAGUUCAUUAGUUUUAUCUCAUUUCUGCACUCAUCACUCCAUUAUUAUCUACUUUGUUAUUUAAAUAUUAUUUACACUAGUUGGUACUCAAAAUUUCUAUUUAAUUCUGAUUUUAUAUAUAACGAAAAUAAUUCUGAUUUAUUUGUCAUCCUCCUUCACAGGUUUAAUCUUAGUCUAAGGUUUUUCAUGUUUUGUUGAUAAUUAUGCUACCAGGUAUCCCGCACUCGACAAGGAACUUUAUAGCACUUCCCCUGACUGUUGUAACUGUGCAUUGUACAUGUUACAUGUAUUUGUUUAUUUUUGUAUUCGUAGUGAAGAAAUAAAGUGAAAUUGAAAUUGAAAUGGUACUGAAACUAAAUUUAAGUCCGUUUUCCCAUCAUAAGAUGGCGAUGUCGAUCGUCCUAUGAAAGACUUGAGGGCGCUGUUGAAGUUGACCGGUUCAGUUGUGACUGCAAAAAAGUGUUGUGUUGGCCUACGGUUUGAUCUAACGGUGAUGGCGAACUAUUUCAAUAUUUUGCAAAGUCGUUUCAGUAGUCUUUUGUGGAAAAUUGCGUAUUCCAAAGCUAUGUGUGCUGUGGUUGAAUAAUUGGAGGGACUGGUGGAAAUAAGUAGAGCUGGCUCUAUGUUGAUAUCCGCUACCAAAGCUCACCAACUUGAUGUUCACCUCGUCACGAGCAUCAUGCACACUGCUUGUCGUUGGGCCGAACGUUAAUUUAGCAAAUUUCAAGCUCGUGCAGUUGCAGAUAGCGAUUAGUGAAGACAGUUACAGCUUGAGACUAAAAGAGCCACGGUGAAAUGUGAACACAGUAAAUCCACACCGUUAGUGAAGAGGAACCAGUAUUAGUGAAAGAAAGAUGUUCUGCUAGAUCACAGGAUGUGGUUCAAACGAAGGAGAAUUUUCAUAGUAGCCUCUGUCUUUAUCUUGACAUGGCUGGUGAUUAUCAUGUAUACCCCAUCUCCUUCAGGAAGUCAGAAAAAUAGCUACCAUGCUUCCAAACGCGGAGCCAAUCAACUGAAAUUUGCCCCGAGUGGGGCUAAGCACUUGUCCAAACUACCCAGAAUUAAAAUUGUGGAUGUCAACGAGAAUCCCUCCGAAGAUGAAGAAGAAAAUAAGAUUGAAAGGCAACUUCGAGAUGCACGAAAAGGUUUCAUUGAAACCAAAAACCUAACAUUUAGUCAGAUUGAUGUUCUGGAUGGCAAAAUGUUGACACUAAAGCAUUGUUAGAUUUGGAGUCAGAUCUUAUACCUCACGACUUAGCAGAGGGUUUCGGAACCCCAGGUGCGCUAUGGAACUUAGCUGGGAGUUGGGUAAACUCCAGGCAAAUUACACCUCCGGACAAUCCUGAUUUGGGAGUGGUUAUGAAUGCUAUAGCAACUAGACCUAUCAUUAAGGCCGACAUCGGCUAUAAAGGCACCCAGCUAAAGGCGCGACUGGAGUUAUCUGGAAGACAAUGGGUUGUCUUCAAACCAGGAAGAUACAAGAGAGAUUAUAUUGUCGAAGGGACGCCAUAUGCAGGAUAUGAUAGACACACAGGCGAGAUCGCAGCAUUCCAUCUAGAUAGGGUUUUAGGUUUUCAUAGAGCUCCCAUUGUCGUGGGAAGACGAGUGAAUCUACGGUCAGAAGUUAUGCCAGUGGCAUCACAGAGUCUGCUGGAUACAUUUGUGAAUCAGGGAAACCAGACUUGUUUCUAUGGUAAGUGCUACUACUGCAAUCCAGGGGAGCCAGCCUGUGCCGAUGAGAAUGACAUAAUGGAAGGGUCAGUGACUUUGUGGUUGCCGAAAAACAAGAAACUCAAGAAGUGGCAUCAUCCAUGGUCCAGGACCUACAAGGAAAACAAGAAAGCACAGUGGGAAUACGACGACAACUACUGCAAAGGCGUCCUUGAGAAGUAUCCACUGGAAAAGCAUCAACACAUUGUUGAUAUUCUUGACACUGCAGCCUUUGAUUAUCUGAUAGGAAAUGCAGAUAGGCAUCAGUAUGAAACCUUUGAAGCAGAUGGACAGCAAGCUAUGCUGCUUCUAAUGGACAGUGCAAAAAGCUUUGGUAAUCCUCAUCAUGAUGAGAGAAGUAUUCUAGCUCCCUUGUAUCAGUGCUGCAAGAUUCGAGAAGCUACUUGGGAUAAACUCCUCUCUCUUCAAAAUGGCCGCCUCAGCAAUGUGAUGAGGAGAGUGCUAUCCCAUGAUCCUCUGGCUCCCAUCUUGACAGAGCUUCAUCUUCAGGCAAUGGAUCGUAGACUCAUAGCCGUCAUAGCAACCAUCCAGGAAUGUCUUAGCAACCAUGGAGCUGAUUAUGUUUUGCUCAGAUGAGGUAUAUCGCCUUUAAUGUCAACAUCAUGCAUACGGUUUUUACCUAAAUACAUGUACGUGUACUGUCAAUCUCAUGCUCCAAUAAACUUUAAACAGGCAAUUUUAACUGGAUGGUGUGUCAGAUUCACAGAUGCCAUGCACAGAAUCCACAGUGAGGUGUAAACUAAACUUAGUGCAGAAUUCAGUAAAAAUAGUAAGAAAAAGGAAAUAUUCCAGUAAUUUCAAACAAGUUAUCGUGAAAUACAUGAAUUUUUUUGAAACUCCGAGUUUUCUGACACGUACUUUAGUCUAUUAUCCAUUGCAGAUAAAACUAAUACUGCAGAAUUGGAACAUCUUAUUUAAAGGUUUAUUAGCUGUUUUUUGUUCUCUUUUUCCAAUUUCAACAAGUACACUGUACUUAGUCCCAAUACGGACAUGCUUUUCAGAUGUUUCAUUUUGUACUUUGGGUAUUGCUUGACAUAUCUCUUAGGAUAUUACAGGGUAAAACCAAUAUUUUUGUAUUUAUAAAGUCUUAGAUGGAAUAUGUUCAAAUUUGAAAUAUCUGAAUGGGGUAAAAUAUUGUCUUUAAUGACUAAGACAACCUUCGUGGUUUAGUGCAUUACAAUGCAAAUUUCCUAGUUAAUUGAAGUUUUGAAACAGGCAGAAAUCUAUAUGUAAGUGUACUUUGUAUAAAGAUGGGUUUUGCCUUGAAUAUGGCCAAAAAAUUAGAACUGAUUCGUUGUUAACGUGUUAAGUAUGGUCUUAUUUCCAAGAGAUGAACAUUAAUUAUUCAGUUGAAUCUAGAACUGCUAGUGGAAUAUUAAGCUGCUGCUUUUAAAAAAUUAUUACAAAAAUUACUGGAGAACUCAUAGAUUUUUAUUGUGUUUGAAGAAAACCUAAAUGCCUGUCGCAAAGUUCCUGUUUUUUUCUUUUUAAUUUUUGCACAGAGGCUUCGAAGUUCGAAAUCUAUGAACGCUUAUUUCAUGUACGAUUCCCACAAAUAAUGUGAAUAGUUCAGAAUCCCACCUUGACAGAAAUAAAUGAGAUUAAAACUGUAUUUUUGCCAAGAAAA